CUACCGCUGGUCUAUGGGCUCUACUCGUUGUAUAUAAACAACUUUGCAGCAAUGGCGGCAGCAGACGAAAACGAAAAUAUUUUGAACAGAGCAAAGAAAGCUGUUCAGGAUCUGUAUGACUUCAGAGACCACUUCUUUGAGAAGAAUGAUAUUGAACGAGCCAUUCAUAAGACGGAGGAACUGGGUCUGGAGCUGACAAAGGUCGUCGCACUCUUAGACGAGAUACAAAGCCAGAUUAAGAAUCGAGCAGAGUAUAUGCUCCAGCGUGGUAGAGCUCUGAAUGUCAUGCCAGAGUUCAGCUCUGAGGCUUUGGAGUGUCUGUCUAAGGCGGUGAAGCUGGAUCCCAAACUGGUGGAGGCGUGGAACCAACUCGGAGAAUGUUACUGGAAGAAUAAAGACAUUGAAGCGGCAAGGAACUGCUUCAACGGAGCCUUGAACCAUUCAAGAAACAAAGUAUCACUCAGAAAUCUCUCCAUGGUGUUGCGGCAACUUGGCAAAACGAAAGAGGAGAGGGCAAAGUUCAUCCAAGAGAGCGUCGAGCACGCCAAGGAAGCGGUGCAGCUGGACUACGGCGAUGGCACGUCAUGGUUCAUCGCUGGCAAUGCGUACCUGACAGUGUUCUUCAAUGGAGGCCAGAAAUCAGGAAUUCUCAAGCAGUGUCUAGGUGCCUACUCACAAGCGGAGAAGGACACAGUUCAAAAAUCAAAUCCAGAUUUGUAUUUCAACAGAGCAACAAUUUUCAAGUUUCAAGAAGAUUAUGUGGCUGCGUUGGAUGGUUACAAGAUGGCCCAGUCAUUGGAUCCAAUGUCGUCGGAACCAAAGGAGAAAUUAUCGGAACUCAUCACAUACCUCCAAAGAGUAACACAAUUAGUUCAGCAAAAGGGUAAACUCAAAGCCAAGCGCCUUCAUCAAUUAAUAGCAUCAAUUAAAGAGUCUGACUUGGGUCCCUACGGUGGCGGCUCCUACACCCCACCAACAGGGGACCCUGUGAAGCUGGAGGUCACCCCGCUCUCCAGACUGAAGCCAGGACCCAAUCCAGAGAGGGUGGUUCUUGGAAAAGUUGUGUGCAGCGUUGGAAGUGACAAACCAAUACCAUUUACAUUUGCAAUGGUGGAUGCAGAGGGUACCUGUUUUGCUGUCAAUAUCUACAACAUUGCACAGGGUCAGGGUACCAUCAUAGGAGACUCGGUAGCCGUCCCCGAGCCUUACGUUCAGAGUAACGACUUUGAGUUUGAUAAGAAGAAUAUAAAGUUCUCUAGUAUGAGAGUUGACACGCCUGUGGCACUCGUCGUCAAUGCGAAGAAACUAGGACUAGAGAAACAAGCCCCUGCCGAAGUCUCGCUGUAUUCCAAGAGUGAAUGAAAGAAUGUCUACCACUGGAUACCCUGAUGAAUGAGCCCAGUUGUCGUGUGUCACUGUCUACUGUUGGCAGGAAGAUUUGUAAUUUUAUUUAUUAAUUCUGGUUGUGAAGCCACUGACUCUCAGAAAAGCUUCGCAGUCAGGUAGGGACUGGAAACAUAAUCCACAUGCAACGCUCCAGUUGAUUUGAACCCGUGUCCUAGGGGUGGGUUGCAAGGAAAAAUACCACUACACCAAGUCAAUCACCCAAAGUAGCUCAAGUUCCCUUAGUUUAUUUACCGAGGCCAUUACAAAACAUUUGCGAAAUGUACAAUUUUGCCUAUUGGGGAUUCUCGGGGUACACAGCUAGCUGGGAAGUUCUUUGCCUAUUAACCCUAGCCUGGUACUAGGGCGAUUACAUUGGCUGAAUUUUCUGCCUGUGUAUUGGCAGGGCGGAUUAAAUCAGACCUACAUAUAAUGCAAUGUAUUGGUUAUACAAACAAAAAAAAUCAAUUUUGUGACAAAAAUAUCGUUUUGGACGUCCGCUUUGAAAGGAUGUACACCUUGACUGCAAUCAUAAUUUAAAUAAUUUUUAUUUGCAAUUUCUAAAACCUGUAUUUUACAGUUUAUAAACGCAUGGUAUUUUUUAAAUACAGGGCACUGCAGCUAGUAUUUUUAACUUAGAACGGAGUUUGUCAACAACACUGAAGAGGUUGUUUAUUUUAAAGCCAUUGGACACUUUCGGUAAACAGUAUUGUCCAAAGGCCCACACUUCGUGUAUCACAA